UUAGAGGAAUACACGACGGGCGCGCACGACGGCCGCGGCCGCCGUCCUCUGCCCGAUUCGACCACAUCUCUGCCGCCGCCGCCGCCUCCGGCCGUCGUUCGGCCACGGCGAGUUGUGAUGGCUGCUGCGCCAUCGGCCUUUACUGGCAACCUGAAGAAAGCACUUGCUGGUCUGAGAAGAAUCAAUUUAGACGGGUUGCGAUGGCGUGUAUUUGACGCAAAGGGUCAGGUGCUUGGACGGUUGGCAUCCCAAAUAGCUGUUGUGCUUCAGAGCAAGGAUAAACCAACUUAUGCACCACAUGUGGAAAAUGGAGACAUGUGCAUUGUACUUAAUGCAAAAGAUAUCAGUGUUACAGGAAGAAAAAUGACCGAUAAGAUUUACUACUGGCAUACAGGGUAUAUUGGCCAUCUGAAGGAAAGAAAGCUCAAGGACCAAAUGGAAAAGGACCCAACUGAAGUGAUUCGCAAAGCUGUCCUGCGCAUGCUUCCCCGCAACAGAUUGCGUGAUGACAGGGAUCGCAAACUGAGGAUAUUUUCCGGAAGUGAGCAUCCAUUUCAUGAUCGCCCUCUCGAACCUUUUGUGAUGCCGCCACGGCAAGUACGCGAGAUGCGCCCCCGUGCAAGGCGUGCAUUGAUAAGGGCCCAGAAAAAAGAGCAGGCAAACAGAACCAAGGAGGAAGAAGAUGCUAAGAAUGCCAAAGCUGGGGUCACUGCAUAGGCACCUCCUGAUGCGUAUUUGCAUACUGCAAAUCUAUAUCUAUCAGAUGCUGUUUUUGAAGUAUCUAUGUUUCUUUGACAUGUAGCCUGUCAUGCUGAAUAGGCAGGCACUAGAACGUGCACACGAGAAAAAACUCGAAUCCGAAUUUAUUUUGAAUCGUACUAGUGCAUGUAACUCAAACCUUGUCUCAGCUGCUUCCUUUGAGGGAAUAAAAUCCUCAUCUGCUU